AGUAACUCUAGGCUUCUCUUUAUUUCUAGCAACACUUUACUCCACAAACACCACAAGUGUUUCAUCCACAUCCUGGUCUUCAGCGGGCGCAAGGGAAUAGUGCACACUUCCUGCAACUAUAUGAUCAUCCUCAAUUCCCUCUUAACUUUUGCGUACCAUGCUAUGCGAAGAUCAGAUAUCCUCCUCAGCAAUCCAUAAGCCGUUGCGCUCUCAAGCGACGCGAGUAGAGCCGACAUUGUGGUUGGCAGUCCACACCCCUACCCCAUGUCACCACGAACAAGCCCCGGUCACUGUGAAAGAACAUUGGCGUUUAUCCAAGUCGAUUUUGGCAUUUGGAGCUCAAGUCUCUCAUCAACCAAGCCAUCGCUACCGAAUCAUUGAACGAAAUGCACGCUCCUAGUAAAACUCAAGUACACUUCUCAAUCACCGAACGAGGCGUAGGACCGAUCGACCUAUACUUCCCACAGCACAGUGUUGCCUGGGAUAAACUUGAUAGGCAAGUUACGGAGUGGUCAGACUUCGUUUCCACUCGGCGCCAAACGUUGACCCUGAAGAUUUCCUUUAUCUUCAGCGAAAACACCUCCUUAGAACUGCCAUACAUGCGAGUCAAAGUCUAGUCGCGGGGAAUUUUUUGGUGGCCAGCGGCCAGCUAGGGGGUAGGUUACGUUAGGGCAUAUAACGUGACUUGAAGGUGUAAGGCUGCGGGCCUGGUAUGUAGGGACCACUCAGUGACAUUUAUAUAUCAUGAGCUAGUUUUCGAAGAGUACAUGUUGAGUGUAUAGUCUUUAAGCGCAGAGCCGAAUCCAACUAUGAGCGGCAGUGUAUGGGACCGUAUACCUAUCGAAAUCACAGAGCAAAUUGUGUCCUGCUUAUUCCUCGAAGAUAUUGCCAACCUAACUGCGGCUAGCAAGUCCUUCUAUUCCCUCUUUGACCCUCUUCUCUAUAUUGAAGAUGCACGACCUUUCCACCGACAUGCGAUAUAUUGGGCUGCGGAAAAGGCAUGCGUUACCGUGGCAAAGAAAGCUCUUGCCGGGGGUACGCCUGUCAACGAUAAGACCCUUUGUACACCCAAGACCGGUUGCUAUGGCAGACUUAGCUACUUACAUUAUGAUAGGUGGCCCGAGUAUCGUAACCCCCACACAAGUCACGACGAUAUUAUCUUCCCAAAGCCUUUUAAAAUACCAGAACAAAUGCCAGACCUCGUCGCGGUAUUGCUAGAAGCUGGCGCAGACAUGAGCGCGGUCAAGGGCGCCUACAAGGACCGCGAUUUACUUUCUUUCCUUUCGACACCGAUAGGUACAGCACUAGGAACAGUCAAUCGACCUUUCUUUGAGGUUGUACGACAGUCUCAUUGUGAGAUCAACGAGCACGGGGCCUUCACUCCGCUGACACUAGCCAGGCUUGCCAUAUGUCAGGGCAACGUCCCUCGCCUAGAGCAAGUACUAGCCGAAGAUACCGAUUUACUGGAUUUACAAGGUAGAGAUGGGAAGGAGUUAUCGGAGAUGGCUUACAAAAAUAAUCAGGAAAAUAUGUGCCGGCUGCUAUAUCGAUACAUCCAUGGCCACGAAGCUGACAUUACGUAUUUACGUGACAAGGCAGGACGAUUCCGCACAUAUAAUGUGGACAUUGCCGAGAGAGCAAUUGAAGGUGGUGCAUCAUGUAAUCACAUGUACGAAGCUGACUGGAGCGAGUUGAGAGCCGAUCUCAAGGUUGUAGAAGCUUUACGGUUCUGGUGGCAUGACCACCUGCGUCCGCCCUCCCUCACAGAUGUGGCCGUCAAAAUUCGUGAUAUACAGCUGCUAGAACUAGCCGUCUCUUACGAAAGCGAAACGCUACGUCAACCGCAACUUGGGCUUAGGAAACUUCUAGGAUACGCCUGUGCCUGGGGUGAGCUAGAGUGGGUGCGGUGGAUACUUGACCAAGGCUUAGACCUUCACGCACAAGAAGUUAAGGACAACUAUCGCAGUCCGCUGUAUGCGGCGGCAACAGCUGGCCAUAUUGACGUCGUGGAAUUGCUUCUGCGGCGCGGCGCCUUGAUAUCUGGUCCGCCAUCGCCAGGUUCUCGCUCGCUGGUUACCGAGGUUCUUCUUUAUGGCGAGAAGAAAGAGUCAACGGUACCGGUUCUAGAGAUGCUACUAGCUGCGGGCUGUGAUAUCAGCCUGGUGAUUGAGCAGCUAAAAGAAGGAUAUCCGGAGCCGUGCGGCUAUUGGAUCAAAGUCAAGUGUCUGCCGAAUAUGUGCCAACCGGGGUGUAUUGAGCUGCUUGAACGCUAUAAUAUUAUGGUCUACCGGCCUAAUACCGUCUAUCUAUUUGGUGCAUGUGACGCAGCCAAUGGCCCGCUGAUUGAGCGCUUGCUACGAGAUGGCAUCAUGAGCAACGAGUUUAAGGAGCCAGCAGAGAGCAUAGGCUUGAUACCACCGCAUAACGAAAAGGACAGAGAGCAUAUGAAACUUGAGAAUGUGAUGAACAGAGUCAAUGUGUCACAAGCGCAGUCUGCUGAAGCGGUCAUUCGCAUAUGGACUAUGCUGUUAGCGCAUGGCGCCGACAUACAUAAUCUGUACUGCUGUAGGUCUCUGCUCACGAAUGCCAUCUGGACAUACGGGACGGAUCCAGAGGGCUCGCUGCUGCUUGUUAACUAUCUUCUUCAAAACGGUAGCAAAGUGAGGUUUGAAGACAAUGUCCCCUUUUUGGCUGCUAUAGGGCCUCCAACGGCUGACUUCACGCUGCACAAGAUGCUACUUGACGCUGGCGCCGUCAUAAAUCUCGCAACAGUAUGCACUAAGUCUGAGAAUCGAGUCCGCAAGACGGUAGACUUCUUAUUAGACUAUAAUUCUGCCAUGGCGAAGGCCGAUUCCAUCGAAAAUGCCUUGCUUUCCGCUUGCGCAGCCUAUAAUGUGCCAGUCGUUCGCACUCUGUUACGGCGCACAAGCAAAUUUCCAGGCAGCCUCACUACUAUGUUGAUGUCAGAGCGAUUGGAUCCGAGAAUGAAGGCCUUUCUAUUGUCCCUAACAAAAAAUAUAUAAAAUUGAAUCAUUUACAUAAGUAUAUUAGAUUUCAUUCUUGUUAAUGUUUAGAAUACUCUAUUUUAAUGCCAGAAUGUCGG